GUUCAAAAGUACACCCGGGAUGAUGUUGUUUCUCUCCUGGACGAGUACCAUGCGACUGUGAUGAGUACCAACUGGGCCGACUACCUCAACUUGGUCUACAGUGUUCCAUUCUGGGAGGCAGAGUUUGAGAAACUGACCACCGUGGUUCAGCCAUACCUGCAUGAACCGGAAGUAGGCGACAAGUUCAAACAGGUUCAGGAAAUGAUGGAUGUCUUCUACCAAUGCGAGGAUGUGCGCGACCACCUGAACGAGCUGGCAGAGCUUGCAACCCGCGCCAGUGGUUUCAUGGGCACUGGCUUUGCUGCUGAGGAGAAGGUAGAGAACAUGGAUGAACAUGCAAAGUCUGCUGCUGAGAGCUAUGAUAAGAUCUUGGAGAAGCACCCAGACUUCAAGCCCAAGAUUGAGCAGACCAUUGGACAUGGCCUUGCAAUCCUCCGUCAGAAGCACAAGUUCAAGUUUCAGAGCAUGCACCGUUACUUCUACUGA